AGUCGGUACUCUGGGCUGAGGCGCAAAUUUCUCAUACACAGAGAAUUGUUCAGGCACGAUCUGUAACGAACGCGACAGUCCCAAUUAUUCCUGGUAGAUUGUGCUUUACGGAUGGAUCAUGGAAAGAUAAGGAUAACUACUCGGGACAAGGGUGGUAUAGUAUUCAUGAAGGGUAUGAUGGAUUGAUGAGAGCAAGGAAUACAAGAGUGAGCCAAUCACCCCUCCAUUCGGAGAUAGAGGCUUUCAUUUGGGCAAUGACAUGCAUGAGGAAUCUAAGACAGUUUACUGUUACAUUUUCGUCGGAUUGUUCUCAGUUGGUGAAGAUGGUUUCUGAACCCGAAGAAUGACCCGCAUUUGCAAGUUAUCUGGAAGAUAUCAAGGUCCUGAAGAGAAGUUUUCACAGCUCAGAGCUCAUCCAUAUACCAAGGACGCAUAAUUUAAGGGACGACAGCCUAGGACGUAGUGCAAGAAAGCAACCCUCAUUUGUUGUCCAUAUGGAUGCGGAGCUACCAAUUUGGUUUAUAGAGUCUAUAUGAGUCUGUUUGUUGAUGGCAAAAAAAGAUAUUUGAGUUUAGGGUUUAUCUUUGGAUUAGGCUUUAGUGAUUUAAGUUUAGGGUUUAGUAUUUAGAAAGUGAAGGGGUAUGGUUUUGGGUCGGUAUUAACUUAUUCCUUGCAAUCAUAUACAUUUCAUAAUUUUACCAAUAGGUACUAUGUUAUUUAUUUUAUUUCAUUCUAUUUAGGUUUGUGAUUUAUAUUUAGGUUUAGGGUUUAUAUUUGGGUAAUGGUUUAUUGAUUAGAGUUUAGGGUUUAGUAUUUAGAAGGUGAGUGAGUAUGGUUAUGGUCAACGUUAACUUCUUCCAUGCAAUCAUAGACAUUUCAUAAUUUCACCAAUAUUUACUAUUUUAUUUAUUUUGUUCCAUUCUAUCUGGGUUUUGGGUUUAUAUUUGAGUUUAUAGUUUAUAUUUGUUUUUAGGGUUUAGUAUUUAAGGAUUGGGGUGAGAUUGAGAUAAAGUUUAGUAUCUAGGGAUUGUGGUUGAGAUAUGUUUAGUAUUUAGGGAUUAUAGGUGGAGUUAUAAUCCUAUACUACUUAGGUGAUAUGUAACAUAACACUCGUGCAUAUGUAUGUAAGAUAUACGUGGAUAGUUCUUUUUUCUCUUAAUUGGAAUAUUUUUUAGGUGCUCUUGACCUUUUAUUUGGAAUAGUUUAAAUUGUAUUAAAGUCUACAUUUCCAUGUAUGAUUUAGUUCUUAUUUGAUAGGAUUCAGUUUAUUUCGUGAUAUAUACUACUUUACCACGUAAAAUAGUAAUUCAGGUAAUUUCUUUUUCCGUUAAGUUAACAUAAGUUGUGUAUGCGUACAAUUAUUAUCCACUCAUGUCGCAUCAUUCUCUUACAUCAUAUGCGUUAAUUAUGUACCACAAAAGACAACCACGUCGCUUACUUUAAAAAUUGUAACUAGCAACUUGUUACGUGGAAGGGCAGAACCGGAGAGAAUGUGAUUAAAAAAUCUGACAUUUAAUUAUGUCAAAAUCAGUGUUACCCACCUAAUUUCAUACUGAAAUAUGGCUAUUUGGCCAAUAAACUCUAAUUUUAAACACUAUAGAUAAAAGUUAAAAUUAAAAAAGAUAUCCAUAGUUCUACCAACCACCUUCAUUAUUUUGUGAUUUUAAAUUGUACAAAACAUCUAAACGAAAAUAGAAAAAAAAAAUAAAACAAAACUGUGCUAUAAAACUAUGCCAUAACAAGUAAGAGAUCUACACUAAUACCAACCAAACCCUUUGAGGAAGCUUCUGAGACAUAAAACACGGAUUCAAAGCCACGCAAGAACAACAAAAAAUGUAUGUUCUUAAAAAUUCGUGAAUCCUUUUUUGGAAUGUUUUUUUCUUAAAAUUGUUCUCCAACUCAUGGAACAGGGAAAAUGGUAGUAGCAACAACGCGUUGAAGCCGAUGGACUCAGAGCAACUGAGAGAGUACGGACAUCGAAUGGUGGAUUUCAUUGCUGAUUAUUACAAAACCAUCGAGACUUUCCCUGUCCUUAGCCAAGUGCAGCCUGGUUAUCUUCAUAAUCUUUUGCCUGAGUCAGCCCCAGACCAUCCUGAAACGGUGGAACAAGUUCUUGACGAUGUCAAGGCGAAGAUAUUGCCUGGAGUAACUCAUUGGCAAAGCCCUAGUUUCUUUGCUUAUUUCCCUAUUAACGGCAGCAUUGCAGGGUUAUUGGGUGAGAUGUUGAGUGCUGGUCUUAAUACUAUGAGUUUUAGUUGGGUUGCUUCUCCAGCUGCAACUGAGCUCGAAAUUAUCGUUGUUGAUUGGGUUGCAAAACUGCUCAACCUGCCAGAGCAGUUUCUAUCCAAAGGAAAUGGAGGUGGAGUAAUCCAAGGGUCAGCUUGUGAAGCUAUUCUCGUUGUUAUGAUUGCUGCCCGCGAUAAGGUCUUAAGAAACGUUGGUAAGAAAGCACUUGAGAAGCUUGUUGUCUACUCCUCUGACCAGACACAUUCAUCUUUACAGAAAGCUUGCCAGCUAGCCGGUAUCCAUCUAGAGAAUUGCAGGGUGCUGAAAACAGAUUCAUCUGUUGGAUAA